ACACCACUAAGCUCUACUAGGGGACACUUUCACAUGUGAGACCAAACCGGUGGGACCACCGCUGACUUUGCACACAUACGUCUAUUUGUGCCUUAUACGGAUGGAUACUCUUGACCUGAAGCAUCAGCACUUUGCAGAAAGUGUCAGGACUUUGUGAGGGGAGCUGUCAGCCUUCAAGAAACCAAAAGAGGAAGAAAGGUCGCCCCAGUUGUUCCGCUUCCUCCUCUGCAUCAUGAGCGCCAGGGUGGGGAACAGGAAGGGGCAGCCGCAGUACCGCCGCCACUUUCUGACGGACAACAGCGUCUUUCAAGUGGAGCGAUGCAUGAGUGUGAUGCAGUCCGGGACACAGAUGGUAAAGCUGAAGGCGGGGUCCAAAGGGCUGGUGAGACUCUUUUACCUGGAUGAGCAUCGCUCCUGCAUCCGCUGGAGGCCAUCACGCAAGAGCGAGAAGGCCAAGAUCACCAUUGAUUCACUGUACAAAGUGACAGAGGGCGGUCAGUCCGAUAUCUUCCAUCGGCAUCCGGAGGGCAGCUUGGACCCGGCCUGCUGCUUCACCGUCUACCAUGGCAACCACAUGGAGUCCCUUGACCUGGUCACGUCCAAUUCAGAUGAAGCCAGAACCUGGAUAACAGGCCUCCGCUAUCUGAUGGCUGGAAUCAGUGAUGAGGACUCUCUGGCUAAAAGGCAGCGCGCCCAUGACCAGUGGAUGAAGCAGACCUUCGAGGAGGCGGAUAAGAACGGAGACGGCCUGCUGAACAUCGAUGAGAUCUACCAGCUCCUCCACAAGCUCAACGUCAAUCUUCCACGGAGGAAGGUCAAGCAGAUGUUCCAGGAAGCAGACACGGACGACCAGCAGGGCACGCUGACGUACGAGGAGUUCUCCGUCUUUUACAAGAUGAUGUCCAUGCGUCGGGACCUCUUCCUGCUCAUGAUGGCCUACAGCGACAGGAAGGACCACCUGACAGCGGACGAGCUGGCGAACCUGUUGCACAGCGAACAGAAGAUGGUCAACGUCACCCCGGAAUACGUGGCGGAAAUCAUCGACAAGUUUGAGGUGGUGGACGAAAACAAACAAAGAGGUGUCAUGGGAAUCGAAGGUUUUACAAGUUUCAUGCGAAGUCCGACGUGUGACAUUUUCAACCCUCUGCACAACGAAGUCAAUCAGGACAUGGACCAGCCCUUAUGUAAUUACUUCAUCGCCUCUUCUCACAAUACGUACCUCACCGGUGACCAGCUGCUGUCACACUCCAAGACCGACAUGUACGCCUGGGUGCUGCAGUCCGGCUGUCGCUGCGUGGAAGUGGACUGCUGGGACGGUCCUGAGGGAGAGCCCAUGGUCCAACAUGGCUACACUUUGACCUCCAAGAUCGCCUUCAAGUCCGUCAUAGAGACCAUCAACAAAUAUGCCUUCAUCAACAACCAGUACCCCAUCAUUCUGUCCAUUGAGAAUCACUGCACCAUCCAACAGCAGAAGAAGAUCGCUCAGUAUCUCAGAGAAGUCUUCGGAAACAAGCUGGAUGUUGCAGAUGUGCUCAGCAGAGAGUCCAAAACGUUGCCCAGCCCUCAGAGUCUGCAGGGGAAGAUUCUAAUCAAAGGCAAGCGUCUCCCUGCAUAUCUGUCUGCGGAUGCCGAGGAAGGCGAGGUCUCCGAUGAUGACAGCGCUGACGAAAUUGAGGACGACUUCAAGCUCAAGAGCAGUAAUGGAAACGGUCAUCACCAAGUGGAGUCCCACAUCAGGAAGAAACUGGACUCUCUCCUCAAGGAGUCUCGCAUCGGAGACAAGGAAGACACUGACAGCUUCAGCAUCAGAGCCCUGCUGAGGGCCACGCACCAAGGCCUCCAGAAAAACCUGCGCCAGAGCUCCAGGGGGGUUCUGAAGAAAUCCCAAAGCAGGUCCUUCAUUGCCACACUCAAACAGAAGCGGCACUCCAAAUCUCGGCUGACUUGCCAAACUGUAGAAAAGGAGGAAGAUGACCAGGAGACAUCUGGAAGGGACGGCGGAGGACAGUUUAACAGGGGAGGAAGGAAGAGGAAGACAAUGAAGCUGAGUCGGGAUCUGUCAAACCUGGUGGUCUUCACCAACUCUGUGGCCUCACAGGAGUGUCUGAACGAAGGUGAAAGCCAACACCUGCCAGAUAAUAGUGACGCCCGCAAUUUUAAAGUCUUUAAUACGCUUCACCCGUGUUUAUCUUCAGGUACACCCGGUGACGUCCUGUCAUUCAGCGAGACCAGAGCCCAGUCUCUGGUUAAUCACAGAGCGGAACAGUUCCUGGCGUUCAAUCAGAGGCAGCUGUCACGAAUCUAUCCCUCGGCGUACCGCAUUGACUCGUCCAAUUUCAACCCCCAGUUCUAUUGGAACGUUGGCUGUCAGCUGGUGGCCCUGAACUACCAGACGGAGGGCAGAAUGAUGCAGCUUAACAGAUCGAAGUUUAUGGUGAAUGGAGGUAGUGGCUACGUCCUCAAGCCCCCGCCCAUGUGUAAAGGCACUUUCAACCCAUUUAGUGACGACCCACUUCCAGCUUAUCCCAAGAAACAGCUCCUUCUUAAGGUCAUUAGUGGACAGCAGCUGCCCAAACCUCCUGAUUCCAUGCUGGGGGACCGUGGGGAGAUUAUUGAUCCAUUUGUGGAAGUGGAGAUUAUCGGCCUGCCUGUUGACUGCUGCAAGGAACAGACGCGAGUGGUUGAUGACAACGGUUUCAACCCUGUCUGGGAGGAGACCUUGUCCUUUACGCUACACAUGGCUGAGGUGGCUUUGGUGCGUUUCCUGGUCUGGGACCAUGACCCCAUCGGAAGGGACUUUAUUGGGCAACGGACUGUUGCCUUCAGCAGCCUCAUGCCUGGUUACAGACAUGUCUACCUAGAGGGUCUUACUGAGGCGUCCAUCUUUGUGCAUGUGUCAGUGCAUGACGUCUACGGCAAAUGGAGUCCUCUAGUGCUGAAUCCCAGCUUUACCAUAAUGCACUUUCUAGGAUCUAACAAGGGUAAUCAGCUGCGAGGUAUCCGGGGUUUGUUCAACCGCUCUUCCAAGUCCUCCGUGGAUACAACCGCCGCAGGUCUUCGCAAGCGAUCUAUCAGCGAUCACCUCCUACGACGCACUGCCAGUGCCCCAGCGAAGGGUCGGAAGAAAACCAAAAUGGCGCUGUCCGAAUCUGUAGCUUCCAUGUCGGACCACAAGAACAGCGCGGGACUAGAGGCCAUCGGAGAGGGUGUGUCAGGGAAGGAGCCAGGGGUGGAAAAAUGGCCCCAACCCCUGCCCCCCCUCACCCACAGACCCAUCUCCAUGCCUUUAGACAGGCUCCUGCAAGGGCAGCUGACUCUUUGCUCUGGUGACAAGGAACAGCGAGACUCAGGGGCAGACACAGUCAUUGGAACAUACCCUUUUGACAGACCUAGGUCUUCCUCAGUGGAUCUUCUAACCAAAUCAUCAGCCUCAAUUCGGGAAAGGGUUCAAUCACCUUCUAAGACUUACAGCAUUUGGAAAAAGGAUCUCAUCAAGCCACGAGAGACCUCUUAUCUGGUUAUCGGUGAAAGUAGCAUAAGAAAUGAAGACGACUAUGUCAACUACCAAGCAGGUAACAAUCGAGUCAACCAGCUUAAGGACCAAUCCGUAGGAACCACCAAUAGCCAAAGUCGAUCAGAUAAACCAGAAACAUCUUCAACCAGCACGACAUUCACAGUUGCACCUUCAGUGUCCUCCUCCUCCUCUUCUGCUCUUUCCUCAACGGCCCCUCCUCUUUGCUCAGUCAGCAGAAAGUGUGAGCUAAAGAGUCCUACCUCCUUGCAUGACAGUAAUAUCUCCAGACUCAUUGAUGCCAUGUCUUUAGGCAAUGACCAAGACACACACGGGUCUAUAUCUGCUUUGAUUGGUCAGUUUGAAAGCACUGUUGACCAAAACAGUUCCUCCCAUAAUCAUACCCUUGCUCAUCACUCUUCUCAUGAGCCACAAGAUUUCAGAUCCCCAGCCAAGAAAGCUCCCCCUUUUGAAACAAAUCAUGUCACCCUUUCACCUUGCAAAAUGUCUAAAGUAGACACAAGCUUCUUAUCCAGUCCAGAAACUGCUGAACUUGAGGAGGUUUACACCAUUUUGGAUGAGGAGAUGCUGUCAUCUGUGUCGGUGUACAACCUAAAGAGUCAGAAAGUUCACAUUCAGGAAGAUAAGAUGGCUUCCUCUCUACUAAAGGUGGUUCAUGGAUUAGAUGCUGUACACAGUAUUGUGCGUUGGGAUGAUAAUCCCACAAAGGGAAAAAUAAAUGAAGAUCCCAAAGACGUAGAAGAGAGUAUCUAUGAGGAAGUGUUUGACCCACCCACUCCCAUACCUAAGCAACAGUGGAAUUCUACUCAAAGAUGUACUUUUUCAUCCAGAAGCAACUCUUCCACAGAGGUGGAAAUAAAUGUUGAUGAGAAUCCAAGACCAAGACAUAGAUGGGAGACACUCACAAGUCCUACGAAACAAAAUGCUAUUUACCAAAACGAGUCCACCCCGGAAUACUCCCAACAGAAACAUCUUCUGCCGUAUCGUGAGCCUCUUCAGGGCUACCCAAUGUUUCCAAAGUGUUCAUCCCCACAGGAUUCCUAUCGGCUAAUGAAUCACCAGUCCAGCAUCCAGUCUUCUCUAAACAAUAGACCCAUGGACUCUAAACCUGCCAGAUCCACACCAAUGAGUCACAACGGCUACCCAAGUCCUCAAAACACUCCAAUGACUUUUCAGUAUAACAGGUCAUUAACACCACUGAGAGGCUACAUUGGGAGUCGUCAUCCAGGAAGACAAGGGCCAUUAAACAUGAAAGAGGGAUUGCAGAAUGGGUUAUCGUCUGAAAGUCUUCCCAUUUCCUCUGCGCUAACUAUGUCUAAGGAUAAAAGUCUGUAUUCCUCUUCUUCAGAUUGUGAAAUGGUGUACAGCCAUGUGGACUAUGCCGAUAUUGCAUCCUCAGUAGAGUUAGCACUCCCUUCAAACUCACAAGCUCACAGCCAAACCCAAUUACCCUUUCCCAAGCAUUCAUGGAACCAAAAGGUUUCUAGGCUCCAAGUACAGUCUGACACCAACGUUCCAAAGAUUUCAACUCAACGCUCUUUAUCGACUGUUCCACAGUCGAAUAAGGCUGAUUCCACAGUCAGCACUCCAUGCAAGUCCAAGUCCCUUGGAGACCUGACUUCUGAGGACAUAUCAUGUAACUUCCAGAGCAAAUACCACAUCAUUAGUCGCAGUUUUAUCACUUCCCACAUGAGGAAACAAAAGAAGAUGGAAACAAUGGGGGGAAGAGGAAGUUUCCACACGCAAUCUUGUGACCCCCUGACUGAGCAGUUGCGUAAACUGGUCAGUCUGGACGGAGAGGAUACAGAAAGAGAAAUGUCCAAUCAAGAGGAAAAAUGCCCCCAAUCCCCGAGCACAAAUCCCUCUACUUCCCAGGUCAUUGACGACUCUCCCCCACUUCUUACUCGCCGUCUAUCGACUCGUAGCCAAAGCCGAGUACGACACAUCAACAAUCGAGCUCGGGAAAGACAGCAAGAAGCCCUGAAACCACGUUCUGGCAUCACCGUCAACAGCACCACCAGCAUGGGUGGGGUAGUUUUGAGGAAUAAACCAGCCUUACAAAACCCCACAAUUAACAGACAUUCUACUGGCUCUUACAUUGCGGGAUACUUAGGCCAACUGGAGGACAGGGGGCUUCCUGAGGGAGCUUGUACAUCUUUACACUACGGAAACGGUGAUCAACACGGAGAUCGUUAUUGUCCCGAUGACUUCUUACCCCCUUCAAAUGGCUCACGCCUUUCAUCAGAACCAGAGGUCUACUUUCUGCUUAGACUUUAGCGUUGAAUGUCAGCUAAAAGGAGAUCAAAGACAGAGUGUGAAUCUUGGAAGCUAGUUGGUCAGCGAAAUUCAAAGUUUUCCCCAUAUCAAAACGACCCUAUCAGUAUUUCAAAUGAUGAUAGAUACAUGUAGUGUCUCGCUAACGUCAGUACACACUUCAUAGUUUAGCAAAGGGGCAAUACUAUAGAAAUCAAACUUGGAUAAAACUUAUUGUUGUCAAUAAACAACUUGUGUAGCAGUAUAGAUGUACUUCCCCCUGAAAAUGACACAACACUCAGCUAAUAUGUCUUAAUAUCUGACAACACAAAUGAGAAUACCUUUCAACAAACAUGUCCAAAGUAUCAAUAUUUACAUUAUUACCCUUAGCCUGGUUCUCACUUGUGUUUCUCGUUGUAUAGACAAUAACGGCUGUAUAGUAAAUCAAUUUUAGUGGACGUUAAAUCUAUUCUGCUAUACAAGCUGUAAACUGACUACUCUAAGGUAUAUCCGAGUUUCAUUUCUAUAGUAUUGUUGCUUAGAAAUAUAUACUGUAAUAGAAUGUUUGCUAAAAUGUGAGGCAUGUAAUCUCUUUAUUGAGAUACUGUUCAUAGAGCAUUGUUUGGUCUGGCGGCAUGAGUUUCAUGUAUAAAAUGUCUACACUUUAAUAGUUAAAAACUGUUCUAGUCUGGCAUUGUAUUGUUGAUAUUCUGCUUAAUGUUUAAAUGUACGUGGGAAGGUGGAUUUUCUCCAAAAUGCUAACAAUACUUGUUAUUUUGUCCCUGUGGCGUCCUGUUAAAACUGUGUACACUGACUAUGAAGCAAAAAAAAAAAAAUCGAUUUGUAAGCAGAAUGUGUUUCUCCGUAUCAGUCGAAUGUGUAGUGUAAACAACAGCUAUGUCAUCUCCUCAAAGGUCAUCAUCUUGCAAGUCUUCCUUCUUCUUCCUCAAGUGUAUAUAAUUCCGCCGUUGUUUUGGAUUCAACUCUGACUGUACAUGAACUGUAUGUUUGUGCAUGUUACUUGUGAACAUGUCAAGCAUGACUAUGCACCUGUUUAUACAAAAUAUGUUGGAUCAACUCGACAAAUCUUGCACAUAAUUACCAGUUAGUUGCAUUGGGGAGGAUGAAAGCUCAUAUUAGGUGCAAUUUACCAUAAAAACCUCUGUGCUUAGACUUGUUGCUGUUUAUGAUUUAUAAAUGUUAAAUAACAAAAAAAAUAAUUGAAAGAUUUGGAACGUAAAGCCUCUUAUUUUUUUAAUUGCUUUGAUACAGAAUACAAACUAUCUUUUGUUGGUUCUGGUUAUUUUAUUAUAUAUAACUCAAGUGGACUGCAAAAAAUAAAACAUAAGAGUACCUAUUGUACAGUGAUAAGGUUAAAAAAUGAAGGGUAAUUAAACUGAAAUUUUUAUUUUUGAUUGUUACAGUGUCGACCAUCUUUUUUCUUUGUAUUGUUGCUCAUCUGAGGACUGUGAGCAUUUUCCUACCAAUGCAAUAAAAAUA